AUCACGGUGCAAAAUAUUAUUAAUUUAACCUUUUACUCAUAAGAAACAAAAAAGUGGUUUCCAUCCAACCUUGUUUUAUUACAGUUAUAACUUAUUUGUCAUUCAUAUUUCCUUUCAAAUAAUAUUCAAUACACACACACACACAAAAAUAAUCUUUAUAAUUAACAACAAAAAUUCUUGCUUUAAAUAAAAACACAGAUCCGACAAUAAUGCUAAGAAAAGUGAUGAAAAUGAUACCUGCAAUAUGCAAUGCUAGCCAGUAAAAAUGUCGACACCAAGAGCUAUUUUAUAUUAAUUCAGCAAGCGCUGCAAUACUAAUGUCCAGUAUCUAGAAAUCACUUUGCAUGAAUAAAAAUAUUGUAGUAAAAAAUAUGUAUUUCCUAGCGUAUUCGUUACAUCUUUCCAGCUCAAACAUUUUCGCCAUUUUCAAUCACGUUCAAAAAGCGGGCAUCCAAGCAGUUGGCGAUAGAUUUCGUUUGGCAAUCACCCAUUUCACCAGAUCGCCAAAGUUUAGGGUUAUAAGAGGGCGGUCAGCCAAGACAGUGCGUAAUUUUUAAAAUAAAAACCAUUAAUUUGAUAUUGUUAUUUUGGCAGUAACCAACUUUAGUUUCGGUUUCAAUUUAAAACUCAAUAGUAAAUACUAAUUAUGAAUUCGAAAUGCAUUACGCAAUUAAGUGCCGAUAGCAAUUGUUGAAGACAUAAACCCAUAUUUAAAUUGUGAUAAAAUGUUAAUUAGAAUGAUCUAUGGAUUUAAUUUGUGUAACAGAAUAUUAUUAGUUUGACGCUCAAAGAAGAAUAUGUAUGAGCAUGCAGCCUAGAAACUGAGUCCCAAGUUUCUAUUCUGGAUUAAAAAGGUUCACUAACAAUGAGAGCUAUAUGGAACCAAGUAAGUAGCGCUGCUCAUGAUAAUGAGAAGGAAAGUGAUGAUGUUCCAGUGAGAGGUUUAAACGAGCAAUUAAGGCAUGGAAAUCGAAGAGCCAGACCAAGAAAUUCACAACAUUUUAAUCAACCAGCUACAAGAAGAAAUGAAAGACAGGGUAUUAGCGCUGACUCUCAUGAAAAUAACAAUGCUAGAAAUAGAGUAGAUCAGAAUUUUCCAAGACAAACUUUCCAAUCUCGCAACAGACAGAGUCGUUCAGCUCGGCCUCGUGAUUACUCAGCUUCAUCUAGAGAGGAAAAUCAGUAUACCCACAAAGCAUCUGAUUUCACAAAUCCAAGCAAACAAAAUUUUCCAAGGCAAAACUCUCAAUCUCGUAACAGACAAAGGUACGAACAGGAAACCAAUGGAAAUAAUUCUAGAGGCAGGCGAGGUAAUCACAAUCACAGGCCUCGGCCAGUCAACAAAGAGUUUGGAAAUGGCGUGGCCAAUCAGCACCAUCAAAAUACCAUGGACCAAGGUGUUAGAAGAAGCGAAAAAAAUGAUACUGCUUCUCUACCCUCCGAGCAGAAAGACAUAGAUAACCAUCCUCAGUUAAAGGAAAUUAAACCAAUGGGCUUUGAAAGGCUUAAAGACUUGGUGAAUAAGAGUGCAAGCGAAAUCGUUCUGACGAUUUGCAAUUCUAGAAGUGGAUUCAUUUUGCGUCUAAAUACUUCAAUGGGGCGUGAUAUGACAGCAUAUGUAUGGUUAGCUUUAGGUAAAUCCGUCUCUGCCCACUUGUCAAAGAAUGUAAAUAACAUGGUUAAUAUGGUGACUAAGAUUGAGAGUUUCAUGGAGAGUAUAUUAACUUUUCUGGCCUCAUUUCAAAGAUAUGAUUCUAAAGGUUACCACUUAGAUUCUUUGGCUAGUUUAACUGAUUUUCUAUUUAAAUUUCAAACUACCAUACCUUCGUCUGCUUCCGAUGUUUUAUUAAUUACAUUGCCACUCUUAGAAAAAACGUGUCAAAAAUUCUUAGAAAGUUCAGGCGAACGUUAUGCAGAGGUUUUUAAAAAGCUGAGAGAUAUCGAAGAGCAAAAUAAUUUGUUUUUGAGAAAAUAUACGCCUGCAGAAGUGAAAAAGUUAUCUAAUAAAGAGCGAUUACAACUUAUGGAUCCACCUGAAAACUAUAGAUCUUUGCCUGUGUUACCGAAUAUGGAUGAUUUUAAUAUUGUAAAAGCAUUCAUUCGACCAAAUAUCACUAAUGGUUGUUAUACGGAUUCAGAACACUAUCUUGACGUGCAGUACCGUUUGUUGCGUGAAGACUAUGUCAAGCCAUUACGUGAUGGAAUUACUGAAUAUUUAAGAUUAAAGAAAAGUGGGAAACCUGUUAAGCAGUGUAAAGAUUGUAGAGUUUAUGAAAAUGUGCAAAUCGUUGAUCAGCAAUUUGUUAAUGGUGGUCUUGUACAUAUGGCUUAUUUCAAUGAUUCAAGUUUUUCUAGACUAAGAUGGGAAUACAGUAAGCGUUUUCUCACAGGAUCUCUUCUUUGCUUCAGUGCAGAUGGCUUUCAAAGCAUGCAUUUUGCUUCAGUUGCUCGAAGACUACCACAACAACUUAAAAGAGGACUUCUACUUCUGCGGUUUGAAUCCUUAUCUGAUGAAGUGUUGAACUUUGGUUCUGAUAAUAAAUUUGUUGUCAUAGAAACAACAGCUUACUUUGAGGCAUAUCGACACAACCUCAGUGCUUUGCUUCAACUCAACGAAAAUAAUCUACCAAUGAAACGUUACGUUGUUGAGGUCAAAAAAGAAGUUAAUGCACCUCAAUAUUUGACCAGGGCAUCUACCUUUGAUAUGCGACCUCUUCUGAUGCCAAUGAAUGGAGAUUUUAUCCAACACAUUGCCUCUGAAAAUAAUGAUAUUCUUACUACUUAUGAAUUCCCACCUGAAAUGAAUUUUAAGGCUAGAUCUAUCAAUGUUCUUGAUGACAGAUAUUGGCCUUCUCAUUCUGAAUUAAAGCUUGAUCCAACUCAGUUCGCUGCGUUAAAGGCAGCAGUUACUAAAGAAUUCGCUGUUAUUCAAGGUCCACCCGGAACUGGAAAAACGUACAUAGGAUUACGAAUAGCCCAAUUACUUUUGCAUAAUAAGCAAAAAUGGGAGACCGAAGAAAAUCAUACUCCAAUUUUGGUUGUGUGUUACACAAAUCAUGCUUUGGAUCAAUUUUUAGAAGGUUUGUGCGUGUUCACUCAAAAAGUGGUUCGCGUAGGUGGUCGGUCAAAUAAUGAAGCACUUGCAAAAUUUCAACUUAAUAAUUUAAAACGUAUUUUGGAAGAUAAAAGGCAAGUUCCCAACUACAUUUUUUCAAAUCUUAAGCAAAAGCAAUCUGAAUUAUAUUCAAUAAAGAGAGACAUUGACAGAAUAAAGUCUUCGGUUGAAGAGAGCGUUAAAAAUGUUUUGGGUGAAUCUCAAUUAAAGAACUGCAUGCUAGAACUUCAUUAUCGUAGUCUUAAACAGUGUGAUCUUAAAGAUAAUGGGAAUUUGAUACUGGAUUGGUUAGAGAUUACAGUCAGAUCGGUUAAAACAUUAGAUGAUAAUGAUGAGUUAGAUGAUUCUGAUAAUGAAGAAAUCGGUGAUUUUGAUGUUAAAAGCAUCUUUAAAGAUCAGCUAAUUGAUAUUCCUGUGAGUGAAGGAAAUCAGCUGAAUUUAAAUUUUGACAAGAGUUUACUAAGAAACGGUAUAAGAUAUGAACAGAUUAUAGCACAACAUCUUUCCGAAAUUAUUGAAAUUUGCAAUCCAUUUUCUGAAGUGCAAGCAUAUAAUAUUAAGGAUGUCUGGAGUUUGGACUUAAUUUAUCGUUGGAAACUUUAUAGGUUUUUUGUCAACUGCUAUAUUCAGCGUAAACAAUCGGAGUACCUUGAAGCAAUGAAGGUUUAUUUACGCCAACGUGAAGAAUUUAGAUCCGAUAAAUUCGAACUGUUGUGCUCUAAGCAAUAUAUCCAGCACUUAAAAAGUGAUCUACAAGGAUCGUUAUCAAAAAUAUUAGAUGAAAACUCUCUUAAAGAUGUAAUUCCGCCAUGGCAUUUAAACUCACUCUUUAACACAAACAUUAAUUUAAAAGGAAGCUCCCUUGUGUGUCAUUGGCUGGAACUCAGUAUUGAAAACCCAAAUGGUUUAAGAGCUCGCUUCGAGCUAAUUCGUAAUCUUAAAUUUAUAUCAAACCAUCUAAAAAGUUUUCAUGAAAACACUGGAAGCAAAGAAAAUGUUGAUGUCGAUGAUGAAAUCGAUAGCGAAGGGGAGGCCGAUAUUGAGUAUAUUGAAGCUGAGAGAGAUAUUGACAGUGAAGAGUUCUUUGAUGUAUCAUUUGACAUCCCCAGUUUGAAGCAGAGACAAAAACUAAUUCCCACUGUUGAUGACGGAUGGAAAGUCCAAGGAGGUGAAAGAAAGCGAAAACAUUAUAUUAAAAAUAAUUUGCGUAAUAAUGACGUAAUGUCUGAAGAAGAGGCGAAAAUUGUAAGUGAUGUUUGGCGUCUGCCGUUGAAGCGGCGAUGGUGUCUCUAUAAAUAUUGGUUGACUUGCUAUAUUAAUGAAAAGAAUAGAGAAACUUUGGAGUUUCAAAACCAAUUGCGUUCAAUACAUGAAGAAAUCUGUGAACUUCGAACUGAAGAAGAUAUGUAUAUUUGUCGUCAAGCUGAUGUUGUUGGGAUGACAACUACAGGAGCUGCUAAAUACCGACAGAUCGUCCAAAAUUUAAAUCCAAAGAUUGUCAUUGUAGAAGAGGCAGCAGAAAUUCUAGAAAGCCAUUUAGUUACUUCUCUUGCACCUGGAACGGAACAUGUGAUAUUAAUUGGAGAUCAUCAGCAAUUAAGACCUAGUCCUACGGUACAUUUACUGUCUGUUCAAUAUGAGUUAAACGUAUCAUUGUUUGAAAGAAUGGUGCAAAACGGAAUGGAUUGCCAUCAGUUGGGCAUUCAACACAGAAUGAGACCUGAAAUCGCAACCCUUCUAGUUCCACAUAUAUAUGAAAAAUUAGAAAACCAUGAGUCCGUGACGAAAUACGAGAACAUUAAAGGAGUUAUGAAAAAUGUAUUUUUCAUUACACACAACUAUUCAGAGCAGAAUGAAAAUGAUUCUAAAAGCCAUGUUAAUGAACACGAAGCCAAAUUCUUGUUAGGUCUCUGUAAAUACUUUGUUCAACAAGGGUAUGAUCCCUCACAAAUAACUGUUCUUACUACCUAUUCAGGCCAGUUGUUUGCUAUGAAAAAAAUAAUUAGCACGAAAAAAAUAAUUAGCGGUGUUAAAAUCACAGUUGUCGAUAACUAUCAGGGUGAAGAAAACGAUAUUAUUUUGAUAUCUUUUGUUCGAAGUAAUGAAGAAGGCGAAAUCGGAUUUUUGAAAGAGCCAAAUCGUGUAUGCGUGGCACUGUCUAGAGCGAAAAAAGGGUUUUUUUGUAUUGGAAAUUUCCAAUUGCUGGCAGAAAGAAGUAAUUUGUGGAAAAACAUCGUCUCCCGCUUGCAAAGCAAUCAAGCUAUUGGAGCAUCUCUUCAACUAGUGUGUCAAAAUCAUCCUAACAUAAGUAAUGAUGUGGCGCACGAAAAGGAUUUUGAUUCUGUGCCUGAAGGUGGAUGCACUCGCAACUGUGAAGCUCGUCUUUCAUGCGGACAUACGUGCCCUUUAAUGUGCCACACAUAUGACAAAAAUCAUGAAUUAACAAAGUGCUUGAAACCUUGCAAUAAAAAAUGCUCCUAUGGUCAUCCUUGUAAUAGAAAAUGCUCUGAUGAAUGUGGCUUAUGCAGGACUCUGAUUAUGAAGACUGUAGAAUCCUGCCGUCACAAAGUGAAAGUUAGGUGUUACCAGAGUGAAGAGGAGAUAGUUUGUGACAAACCGUGUGAGAAGAUCCUGAGUUGUGGUCAUACGUGUUUGAAAAAAUGCGGGGAGAGUUGUUCUGUUAAAUGUGAACGAAUAUGCACAGUUCGAUCUGUCAUUUGCGGUCAUGACAUUAAAGUAGAAUGUUUCCAGUCAAAGAAUAUAGAUUUAUUAGCUGACAAAUGUACUGAGCCUUGUCGAAUGCAACUAGCUUGUGAACAUAUGUGUAAGGGAAAUUGUCGUAGGUGCCAUCAGGGUCGAUUACAUGUAGCGUGUCUUCAACCGUGUAAGAGAAUUUUAGUAUGUGGUCAUGAAUGUAAAUCACCCUGUUCAAAAAGUUGUCCACCCUGUAAGAGACAAUGUGAAAAUAGAUGUGUUCACAGUAAGUGCCCUAAGGAAUGUGGUGAACCUUGUAAAGAGUGCACUGAACCUUGUGAAUGGCAGUGUAUUCAUAAAAAAUGUGAUCGUCUGUGUGGACAACUAUGCAAUCGUAGUCCUUGUGAUAAACCUUGUUCGAAAAUAUUAAAAUGCAAACAUGCUUGUAUUGGACUAUGCGGCGAACCUUGCCCAAAACAAUGCAGAAAUUGCAAUCGCAAGGAAGUAACUGAAAUAUUCUUAGGUUUUGAAGGUGAACCUGGUGCAAAAUUUAUCUGCCUUGAAGAUUGCAAACACAUAUUUGAGAUAAACGGUAUUUCUCAAUGGAUGAGGACAUCUCAGGAUUCCGAGUCGAGACAAAUUCUAAUGAAGUCGUGCCCCAAAUGUACUACUGUGAUAAGGAAAAAUUUGCGAUUUGGUAAUGUUAUUAAAUCGUGUCUUCAAGAUAUCGAAAAAGUUAAAAUUCUGACGUAUGGUGACAAGAAGAGGAAUAUAUUACGAGCUGUAAAGCUUGCGGAGCGUUUAAAAUCAUCCUCUGUUAGAUACGGUAAAUCUUUGUUAGAUAUCUGUGCUCCUCUUUUGAAAGUCUUGAAUUCGGGUAAAUCUCGAAGCGUCCAGGAGCUAACAGUAAUGGAAAAUAUAAUAUCAGUUGGCGAAAUUUUUGUAAAAGCACUUGAAGGCAAAGAUAUUGUUAUGCUUACCCGCGUUGAUAGUGACAAAUUAAUCAAAAACACAGUUUCAGAAUUUAAACAAUACUUAGAAAAGACGAGUCUUUGGUUAAUUUCGUUUUUUCGUGAUGAAUACUUAACAGCUUCCGAUCAACAGCUACAGGAAUUGUUGUGGGAAGUUCGACGAAUGGAAUCGGCUACUAAAUUUUUGCAGUACAUUGCAGGACGAACUAUAAUAAAUUAUGAUUCUCAUUUUCGUAGCAUCAUUGAUUGUCUUAUGACCUAUUCUCCAUUCUGCGAAUCAAGCCUGGCUGUUUUUUCCGAGGAGUUCAAAGCUUUAACCGAAAAGUAUGGAGGAGCAGUCAUCAACGUUACUGAGGAUGAAAAGAAAUCUAUAUUGAAAGCCAUGGCUCUUACUAAGGGGCAUUGGUUCCAGUGUCCUCGAGGUCAUGUUUAUUGUAUCACAGAGUGCGGUGGUGCAAUGCAACAGAGUACUUGUAAUGAGUGUGGUGAACAAAUUGGAGGUAUGAAUCACGCUCUACUUCCAAGCAACCGGGUUGCAACUGAUAUGGAUGGUUCUCCUCAUGGUGCCUGGUCCGACGCCAUGAACAUGGACAACUAUCGUUUCUAAUGUUUAAUAUUGUGAUUUUUAAUACCCUAUAAAUUGUUUUUACAAAUUACAAUGAAUGCUAGAAUUGGAAACAUUUUUAUGCAAGUUGAAUGAAAUGUUCAACUAGAAUAUUUUUUUAAAUAAAUGAUUUGAUAUACUGGCCAAUUAAAUUAUUUUAAUUUAUAGCAAAGGUAGCAAAGGAAUAUCUGUUAUGAAAGUACAGACCUUUCAGUUGCCAGGUUUAUAGUUUUUGAAAUUAACAGUUUUUGAUAAUUUUCAAAUUUCUAUGUGUAAUGAAUAAUUUGCCUUGUUAUGAUUGUUGACAGUUACUGGUUAACUGAUAAAUUUUUAAUGGCUUGUAUUAAAAUUAUCAUUAUGCAACUAAUUUUUCUUUACUGUUUCCUGUUAUUGAAUGUAAAAAUGAAUUUCUAUUUUAGUUUUACUUAAGCAUGCAAGUCAAGUGUUAUAACUCAACUCAAGAAAAAUAAAUAGAUAUUUUACUUUUA